GUGCACUGUAGUGAGGUGCCGAAGAGAGUUAACCGCACGCUUACUGUAUUCUGCGUCUCUCGUACUACACCUGCGUUCUGUGUCCCUCCCCCCCCCCUGCCACGGCAAACACUCCGUGUGCCCGACAGAAAAACAAACACACGCCGAUCGAUUUUUGGAAGACAACUUGCGCGUUCGAAAAAAAAAAGGAGAGAGAGAGAGAAAUAGAAAGAAAGAGGGAUAAUAAGUUUAGCGGCAGAGACUGAUUUCCACUGGGUCCUCGCCAUGAUCAGCCUCCUAGUGCUCUUUUUGCCCCUGUCAACUUCUCUGCCCCUCUUGGGGUGGGUGGAGUCCCCCGGUUACCCCAGAGGGUACCCAAACGAGGCCAAGCUUGAGUGGAAGAGGUGUGCACCCCCUGGCCACACCCUCUAUCUCACCUUCACGCACCUGGACUUGGAGGAAAGCGACGAAUGCAAGCAGGACGCAGUGGAGAUCUCCAGCGACGAACGGAAGCUCGUCUCUCUGUGCGGCCGCAAGUCGUACGAGGAGCUCCAGUCCUCCGUCAAUCCCUCGCUCCGGUCCUCCAUCUCGGGCUGUCUCAUGCUGUCGUUCCGCUCGGACUACUCCAACACCCAGAGACACAGCGGCUUCAGGGCCUUCUACACCGUGCAAGAUGUGGACGAGUGCGCGGAUCCCGACAACGCCUGCAAUCAGUUCUGCGGCAACUACAUCGGAGGGUACCGCUGCUCCUGCUGGCCGGGCUACUACCUGGAGAAGGACGAUCACACCUGCACAGUGAACUGCUCCGUGGACCUCUCGGGCUCUGUCCGGGGCACGGUGUCGAGUCCGGGUCGGCCCGGCCCGUAUCCUCAGUACGCACUCUGCUCCCACACACUGGCGGUGGAGGACGACCUGCAGCUGGUCCUGGAGUUCACGGGGGAGUUUGACGUUCAGGAAGGGCAGGAAGGCCAGUGCAUCGACUCUGUGAUGAUUAAAACCCCCACUCAUCAGUUUGGACCCUUCUGUGGGAACGUUCCUCCCCCGUCCCCGCUCCUCACCAGAUCGCACCAGGUCGAGAUCCUCUUCAGCUCGGAUGGAGACGGAACCAACAGCGGGUUUCUCCUCAGCUACAAAACCACAGCAAAGACCUGUCCCAGUGAAGUGACACCGAAUUCGAGGGUGAACCCGCAGAAGCCCCAAUAUCGACAAGGCGAGGAAGUCACUGUGACCUGUGACCUUGGGCAUUCCUCUUCCUCUAAUGACCAGGAGUACAGGUCUGUUUGUCAGAGUACCGGCAUCUGGAGCCCGGUCUUCCCAUGCCAAACCGUAGACUGCGGCAUCCCUGACAUUCCUGAGGACGAGCUCCUCCAGCUGUCGGGCCCGAGCAAUGGCACUCUGUACCAGGCUCAGGUCCGAUUCAAGUGCAAUUCUACAAAGUACUACACGCUAGAACCAAACGACCCCUAUAUCUGUGAUGCACAAGGUGACUGGCGGUCUAAAAGUGGUCAAACUACCCUGCCAAAAUGUAUACCAGUAUGUGGAAAGACAGAGAACGAGAUCGUCAGCAGCAGAAUUUACGGGGGCAAGCGGGCGAAACCUGGGGACAUUCCCUGGCAGCUGUUGCUCUAUUCCCGAAACGGGGGGGCGGUCCUGAUCGACGACCGCUGGGCCGUCACGGCUGCCCACGUGGUGGAGAACCACGAGGGAGGGCAAAUGCGCAUUUACGGGGGCCUGGUCCUCCGUCAAGGGGCGUCCGACAUCGAAAACGGCCACAGUCUCGAGGACGUAAAGGAGAAGUUCCAAUGGUUGGUGCUGUUGGAAUCUGAAAAGAUCAUAUUACAUCCUGCCUACGAGAAGGGAAGUAAGGACGUGCGCGUGAACUACGACAACGACAUCGCUCUGAUCAAACUGAAGUCCAGGGCCGAGCUGGGGCCUGCCCUCCUCCCCGUCUGCCUGCCAGAGAAGAACGGAGGGUCGAUGGAGGGUAAAGUGGGUACGGUCUCUGGCUGGGGUAGAACUGAGAAGAAAGCCGUGAGCUUGGCGUUAUUUUAUGCCGACAUCAUAGGUUACUCCCAAAAAAAGUGUUCCGAAGUUCCGAAGAAUCCAGGGCAGGAUAAGGCAAUGAUUUAUACGGGCAACAUGUUCUGCGCCGGAGGGGAAGGGAAAGACAGUUGCCAGGGUGACAGCGGUGGGCCCUUUGUUGUCCCCCCUCUCGGUGUGGGUAGCGGGCCGCACCGCCUGCACGGCAUUGUGUCCUGGGGUCCGGAAUGCAAGGACAAGGGUUACUACACCAAAGUGGAAAACUACGUGGACUGGAUCAAGGAGACGAUGGCGAAAGAAGAGAGAGAGAAGAGCGAAAUCGAAUAGACCUUCUUAUCUGCACAAUUUUCAGUUCCGUCAUUAUCUUUGAAUGUGCUUAUGUCUCGUUAUGAUCCCGCUGUAUGAUCUCAAUGUGUAUCAGAAAACACAGAAACCUGCAAGUAAUGACUGAUGUGAGCAGGGAAUUUUUCAAUCGCUGAUUGGGUGCUGGAUUGAACUGGAUCAUGAUUUGUAUGAUGAUUGUAUUAAGGCUCAUGGUGAGAGAUUCAGGCUGAUUGUUGAAUUGAGAGAUUUUUGGCCAGAUCUUUUUUCGGUUUGUGUGAAAUCAGUGAUUUGCAGCAGUGGGUUCAUGAAAAAGGAGUAAAUCAGAAUCUGUGUUUUCAGAACAUUAAGUGAUUAAAUUACUGUGAUUUAAACUGCUACUGCCAACUGUUUUAUUUUCUCUGAGAAACCUUGUUCAUUAAAGAACUAAACUAAACCAA